GGGACAAGACCAUUAACACACAAAAGGAGAUGCAGACGGAAGUAGGGCGGAGAGACGGAACAAAGAAAUAUUAAUGGCCAUUGAAGCUGGUUAGAGUGGGAUAAAAUUCUUGAAACCAGACAGGGUAUAUUAGAGUUGUGUUUUAUAUAAACUAAACAUGGGACUUAGUGCAUGCUUAAAAGAUUAUUUUCUUGGUUUCUGGGACUAUGAAACCCCCAAAAUUAUGGUGGUUAAGAAUCUAACUCUUGGAGUCAUCUACAGAGGAGUUCAGUUUAUUGUCAUCACCUAUUUCGUCUGGUAUGUCUUCAUCAGUCAAAAAGCGUACCAAGAAACUGAAACACGUCCUGCGAGCUCAGUUUACACUCGCAUGAAAGGCUCAGCAGUCCGUGGAGAUGAAAUCUUGGACACCGUGGAAUAUGUUCGACCAUCAGAGGGUGGGGAUGUCAUUACUACAAUAUUGAGACGAGAAGUCACAUACGACCAGAAACAAGGAAGCUGUGCUGAGUAUUUUGGUGUUGCAAAUGCCAACUGCUCGAGAGACUCAGACUGUGUCCAAGGAGAGGCUGACUUGAAUGGCCAUGGCAGGAGGACCGGCAGAUGUAUUCGAUACUACAACCACACCUUCAAAACCUGUGAGAUCCAAACCUGGUGUCCUAUCGAAGAGUAUGCUGUCCAGAGAGAGCCAUCUCUUGUGGAGGCGAUCAAUUUCACUGUCUUUAUCAGAAAUUCCAUCCUCUUUCCAAAGUUUGGAGAGCGGAGGGGUAAUAUUAAGGGUGCUUCAAACAGGCGUAACAUGCACAAAUACCUGAACAAAUGUCAAUACGAUGAGGAGAAGGAGCCCUAUUGCCCCAACUUCCGACUGGGCUACAUUGCACAUCAAGCCCGAGAGAACUUUAGUGACCUCUGCAGGACGGGAGGUGUGAUUGGUGUUUUUAUCAAUUGGAACUGUGACCUGGACCUGGAUCCUUCCCGCUGUAAACCCAAAUAUUCCUUUAGGCGUCUUGACCUCAGAAAGGAUCAAGCCAACUCCGGUUACUAUUGCAGAUUUGCCAAAUACUACCAAAAGGAUGGAGUAGAGUCUCGGACUCUUAUCAAGGCCUAUGGCAUCCGUUUGGAUAUUAUUGUUCAUGGACAGGCAGGUAAAUUUAGCCCAAUCCCAACCAUCAUCAGUGCAGUGACAGCUCUGACUUCAGUCGGAAUCUGUACCAUUAUCUGUGAUUGGAUCAUGCUGACUUUUAUAGACAAGGAUGAAGUCUACAGUGAGAGCAAAUUUGAUGAAGUUAUAAAUGAACCGACCGAUGAGUCCAUUCCUCCACAACUACUUUACAUCACCAGCUUCAGCUCAUAUCAGUCAGACUUGUCGGAUGGUGUGCCGCUGUGAUGUCAUCAUCGUCGUCAUCAUCAUUUCGUCAUCAACAUUUUCUAUAAGGACUUGCAAAAUGCUGGUUCUCUAAUAAACGACACGCAGCAUCAGUUAUUUUAUUAACUGCUAUUGAAAUGUCAACUUUUUUUUAAUACUGUAAGACAAACAUAACAGACAGAAUACUGUACAUUUGUAUUGGACACAGCAGUUCGAGGUGCCCAAUUAUAAUAAUACUUGCUUGAAUACAUGCAACACAUGAAUAUUUUUCUGAUCGUGGUAAUGAAAUAAUUAAUGAAUAA